AUGGCGUCUGCUUCAUUUGUGUUUCUACUCCUCCUCUUUGCACUGGUUUAUAUUUCUGCAGUAGUAGCAGAUCAGUCAUCCAACAUUAGCUUAGGUUCAUCGCUUUCUCCUUCCUCCACCAACUCAUCAUGGCUUUCACCUUCCGGUCAAUUUGCUUUUGGGUUUUACCCACAAGGAAAUAGCUUUGCCAUUGGAAUAUGGUUUGACCAAAUACCCGAACAUACAGUCGUAUGGACAUCAAACCGAGACGAUCGACCUUCCUCUAGAGAUGCAACCUUGCUCCUUACCACUGAUGGUAAAUUGGUCCUGCAACGCACACCACAAGACCAACCAAAAUCAAUUGCAGACGAUUCACAGUUUGCCUCUUCGGCUUUCAUGCUUGACACCGGCAAUUUCGUUCUAUACAAUUCAAACGGAAAGAUCUUUUGGCAAAGUUUUGAUUUCCCAACCGACACCCUUCUGCCAGGUCAACGUCUACAUGCACAACAUGAGCUGUUCUCUAGUCUAUCAGAAAUCUACCGCUCCACUGGAAUAUUUAAGCUCAACAUGCAAAGUGACGGCAACCUUGUUCAAUACCCAAAUGAAAAUCCACAAACAAUCCCAAAAGCAUAUUUCGCAACAGGUACGAAUGGUCAAGGUGACAAUGUGACAUUAAAUCUCGAUAAUGAUGGUCACCUGUAUUUGGUUAAUAGUAAGGGUACCACUAUCUAUAAUCUAUUCACCGGUGGAAAUUCCGUCAACGGGACGGUUUUUUACCGCAUGACGAUCGAUGUCGGUGGUAUCUUCAGAGUCUAUUCCAUUAUUGUGAAUCAGAAGAGUUAUUACUGGUCGAUCAAAUGGGAAUCAUCCACCGAUAAAUGUAAACCCAAGGGCAUUUGCGGUUUGAACGCUUAUUGUACUCUCAUGAAUCAGACGGCCAUAUGUGACCGUAUUCCUGGUUUCAGCUUCAAAGAAGAGAGUCGCCAUAUUUUGGGUUGCGAGCGAAAGUUAAAUGCUGGGUAUCGUGGAAACGCAAUAAUGUCCAAGUUGGAGAAUACGGAAUGGGAAGAAAAUCCAUAUUACGCAAUGUUAUCAUCCACGACUGAAAGAGAAUGCAACGAGGCUUGCUUGGCAGACAAGUACUGUGAAGCUACAUCGUUCUCCGACCAGCAGUGCAGAAAACUGAGUUUCCCGUUGAGAUAUGGCAAAAAAUUACAAAAUACCGAUACAGCCGCCUCUACAAUUUUUGUUAAAGUUAUCAGCUAG